AUGCUGUCAAGUGAGCCUCCCGCUCCUCCUUUCAUUCACGCUGCUCAACGCCGCGAAGAGCUUCCAAGCAGCUUGUGGGCUGAAAGUCUACACUUACCCAUCAACAGAGAGUGUGUUGUAGCAGAAUACUUCAGUUCAGACCUGGUGAGGCUUCCUCUGCAGGGACCUUUCUGGUAACGCAGAGCGCUGAAUGGAGUCGUCUCUUGAGUUUUCCAACUCUUUGGGCAGCGUGUCCUCGCUGCUGACUCGCUGUCGGACCUUUAAAGUUCUGGUGAUAGGGGACUCCGGGGUGGGGAAGACCUGCCUCACACACCGACUCUGCGCCGGGGAGUUCCCCGGGAGAGUGGAGGCCACCAUCGGCGUGGACUUCCGCGAGAGAGUGCUGGAUGUCGAUGGCGAGAAAAUUAAGCUCCAGCUGUGGGACACAGCGGGACAGGAGCGUUUCCGUAAGUCCAUGGUGCAACACUACUAUCGUAACGUCCACGCUGUGCUCUUCAUAUAUGAUGUCUCCUCGCCUGCCAGCUUCAGCGGCCUGACUUCCUGGAUAGAAGAGUGCAGGCAGAACUCUCUGGGACAGGGAAUCCCCAGGUUCCUUGUGGGCAAUAAGAGUGACCUCCGUGACCACCACAGGACUGACGGCCAGGUGAGCCAGGAGCAGGCGAUGAGCUUCGCCAAAGCUCACGGCAUGAUGUUCUUUGAGACGUCUGCCAAGAACCCGCCAAGCAAAUGCGCGAGCGGUCGGCGAGGUGAUGGGGAGGUGCCGUAUCAGCAGGAUAAGGUGGAGGACAUUGUCGUUGCUGUUGGUGCCAAACUGAAGAGGCAGAAGAAACCUUCAGCAGCGACCGCCCCGGCGUACAGCGGGUCCUUUAGAGUCCUGAACAAGAAAGUACCAGAUAAAGAGAUGUGGACCUGCUGCUGAGACAGAGAGAGGGAACUGUUGGCCCUUUCAGAUGGAAGAAUGUGACUUUGGAGCUCUUUCUGAUCGACUGUGUGAGGAUGUAUGUGUUUGUGUGUUUGUGCGAGUAAGAGCACCAUAUUGAGCACAAUGUUCACUUCUGACCAAAGAGCCAAAGUGCAAAACUUUUACAUUUGAAAUACAGUUGCUGUUACACCCACACAGAACUUUAAUAUUUAUGCUCUUAAACAUGUGAGAUAUCCCAUUUGGAAAUGUUGUGUAUAUUUUUGAUUUUAUUGUUUACAAUAGCUGCAAAAUAAAAGACUGUGAAUGUAA